UUAGAGGUCAAUGGCUGCCAUGGCAACUUCGAAGAAAUCAACUUAAAUGCUAUAAACUGGCUUUUGAGCUAAUAGAAGAAGUGUAGAGCUGCUGUAAAUGACUACUGUUGAUUCUUUUCCUAUAGAACAUCCUCUGCCUCGGCAGAAUGCCAGGGAUCGUGUUAAGUCUCAAGUGGUUCGUGCUGCCACUGAGCGUGGUAUUCUAUUGGUGAGGACUGAUGACCUUCCAUCAGAGGGUCUCCUGUCAGACAGACAGAAGCAAUGGGUGAACUCGCCGUCAUAUGACGCUCACACUCAAAACCCAAUCCUAUACAAGCAUGAGGUGGAGCGUUCCAGAUCCCCUAAACUGAAGAGGGAGCGAGAUGAGGCUAAACACGAGGUCCAGAGUCUCCCUGAGGUUGUAAUCGGAGCACCCUCCUCCAGUGAGGAUAGCGGUGUGGUGACCAGACUAAGAGAGACGAGGAAAGAGAGACACGAGUCUACUAUUCAAGACAUGAAGGACGAGCUGGCUCUCAUUAGCUCUGAAUUUGAGGUUCAGAUCCAAACUGGUAUCAAGCAUUUCAAGUCCCUAAUGACUGAGAAUGAUUAUGUAAACUCAAGCCUUUUUCAUCGUGUCUCAGCGAAAGGGGAUCUUGGCUCUAAGACCCUGGCUGACUUGCAUGCUCUGUGGGAGGAGCUCUCCAGCCAAACUCAACUCAGACAAGGGCUCAUCCAAACCCUCGACACCAGACUAUCGGUUUUAGAAUCACAGAGAGCUGACACUGUGACUAAUAUCCUGCGAGACUAUACCCAUCAACUUGUCGUCAUUGCCUACCUCCUCCCGUGUGAUGUGGAGCGUCAGGUUGAAGAAGAGGCUCACCUCAUCAACACUACACUGUUGGACAACAUGAAGAUCUACUCCCAGCUGUGUAUGCAUCUCUCCACUGGUGAGCUGAGUCGUGAGAGGGAGCAUCGUGAUCGCUGGGAGGGGUUAUUGGAAGAGUGGAGGGAGCUAGUCUGUCAGGCCACACUCAACCAGUUCCAGGCCUUCCUCUCCAGUGAGCCAGUCUCAGACCCUCCAGGCCUGCAUAGGGUUAGGGAGAGUCUGGUCGCAGAGCAGAAGAGCAUACAGAGACGUAGGGAGGGAAUACUAGAACAAGUGGCCACUCUAGUGCCCCCCAAAGCCACCAGGACUAUGGUGUACGAGGUCAAGGCCUCUGCAGACAAACUGCAUCAGCAGUUAGAGGGUGUACACACUAGUUUCCUGCUGGGCUAUCAGAGUUGUCUAGAGUCACUGAGCAGAGAGUGUGAGGCUGAGAUGGAGAGGUGUAGGGUCUAUCUUGUCAGUUCAGAGGCAGUGGAUGAAGCUUCAGUACACAAGUUGCUCAACCGUCUGUUUGUUCCUCUACUGGAGAAGAUGGCCAGUGGUAUGCGAGACGAGCUCCAGGAGGUGGAGAGGGGCCUGGAUGCAACCCUGUUCAAUCAGAAGGCCCAGUUUGAGUCACUCUUCAGCUACUCCCUGGGAGCAGCCCAACUCUGGGACCAGCACUCAAACACAUUGGCAACAUCACUGAGGGCAUUUCAGGAGAGGCUGGAACAGUGCCGCUCAAAUCACGAUCGUGAGAACCAGAACUUGGAGGCGAACCUUGACCUCUUACUGGAUAGACUCAGACAGGGGCCAACACAAGAGGCCUUACAGGAAUUCCUACAAGAAGCUCUGAGAAUGCUAGACACCAUCAAGCAAGGGUAUGAGCAAUUCCACACGGUGAUACUGGAGGAGGUGCAUGGUGGACCUGAGAUGGUUCAGAAGGAGCUGGACUGGUAUGACACUGCUCUCUGUCAGUACCUCAAAGUAUCAAGAACUCCACUCAAGGGAUCCAAGAGCAAGAUCAACUUGUCCAGGGCACCUUCAGAGAGUUCUCGUACUGACAUUCGUCGUGUGGACAGUCGUGCCUCUAAGAUAAAGAAGUCCAAACCACAACGCUCCAAGACCACUGCCAGUGGAAUAGGGCAAUCCAAGUCAACGCUGGCUCAGUCAAACUCAGGCAAUAGUGUCGUGGAGGAGGUGAUCACUACCAGUGGAGGUGUGUCAUUCUACACCCUGCGCUCCAACGCCAUCAGUAAAGAGGACAGCACCUUCCUCACACAGGACGAAGAGAGUGAGAGUUCUCCUGUGAGCUUUGCUACCGAGACUAUAGUACUAACUCAGGAGGUGUUCAGCAAGGCUCAGGACAGGAUGGUGAAUGGCUUAUUGGAGCAGCUGGAACAAUGGAGGGCCACAAAUACGGACAUGGCUCAGACCACCCUCUCUGGAAAGGAGGAAGAGUGUCACACUGAGUUGGAUCUUCGACUCCACCUCCACGAGCCACGCCCCUCUAGAGUAGAGAGGGACAUACACAAUGUACGAUUAGCAGAGCUAGUGGCACACCGAGACCGAAUCACCAGGCACUCGACUAGUCUCACCACUAGUGUGGCCCUACAGCGUGGUGCGGGGGAGAGACUAAGAGACGCUCUACUGGAGACUAAGGAGACGUUUGGGCCAAUAGUCGAUGGUCUGGUGACAGAGCUGGAGGCUUGCAGGACUACAACAGAGCUGCUAAAGGUCCAGGACAGAGCUAAAGAGUGUCUACAGGAGCACCUCCGUGAGGUGACUAGCAUCAGCUCAGAGGCCACCAGAGUCUCCCACAAUCUGGUGGAUCUACUGGACGAGUCUAACACAACGUACAGAGCAUCCAUCAAGUUGUUCUCUGAAGGAGGCAACUACUGCCCGGAGGAGGUAGAACUCUUCGCAAAGAAGCUGGAUAAGUUGUCUGGUAAGAUUACUUCCACUCGAUCACACAUUGCUACGGAGAUGACAAGUGUCACUACGGCACAGGAGGGGGCCAGUCACAAACUAUUGGAACCAUUCAACAAUGCGUUCAAGGUUCAUCGCGCUGAUCUCUCGCUUCUGGAGACGGUCUCUCGCACUUUGACCUCUGCUCAGGUGAGGAUAAAGAGUGAAGUGGCUGCUAGCAACAGUCAGUCCAAGACCAUCUCAGACCACAUCUCAAAGCUUAGGGCACUUGUGGAUAAAAAGAGCACACCUUCCUCUGAGCUCCUCUCUCAUCUUCCACCACUGUUUGAGCUACUCACUGCACGAGUGGAUUACCUCUUUUGCAGAGCUACCACUCUCCAGGGGUCAAGGGUCGGAGGUUCCUCUGGGAUCGUAACUAGUACUUCCAGUGUGAGACCAAUUGGAUCCAUGAAUGUCACUAAGAGCAUCAUGGAGCAUAUCACAAGCACCAAGCACCAAGAGUCAACUGACCGCAAACUAUCAGCCAUCACAUCCGCCCCCAUUAAGACCAGUGAUGUGUUACCACCGUUAACACCUCAUAGUGAUGAGAGCAAGAAAUCUGGCAGGCAGAGUCGUAAGAAGAUGGCUAUACUGGAACGCAAGACUGUUAACUUUGGAAUAGGUGGCGGAGGAGAUGAAUCAAAGUUGUUCCUGCCCAGGAUCAGGGCUGUACUGAGAGCCACUCAUUCUGAGCUCUACAAACUAACAGAGGCAUACUACAAGAGCAAGGGUAGUCGAUCGUCCACUCGUCCUAAGGAUAUUCACGAGGCUCUCGAGGACUACAUGGACACACUCAUAGCCAAGACACAGAGCUACAGGAGUCAGGCUGAGGAGUACAGGAAUAACUGCAUACAAGAGUUUCGAGAUCAGCUGUUGUCUCUGAUGUCAGUUUUAGAGGGAGUGCCCGGGUGUGUGUUUACAGACAUCCUCCGACAAUGGAGGGAGUCUGAGAGAAAAGAGUGUGAGACAAGACUGAAGGAGCACACAGCGCUUAAGGAAACAAGCAUCCAGAAAAGAACCACCCACCAGAAGUUGCUUCGGCCCGGUCUAGGCCACCCGAGUCAGUCGGAUACCCUCAACACUCUUUGCUCUGAUGAGGAGGCUCGUUACACUGAGCUACUCGAGAGGAUUGCGUCUAAUGCUGAGGCUAUGAGGGAGGGGGCACUGACUUGUGUGACAGGGUUCGUGAAUGAGCUCUCAGAAAUGACCAAGAAACUACUAGCACUCUUUGAUACUGUGACUAGUGACAGUGACAUUAUACCAGGAGAGUCCCGUGAGAAGCGCUCAGUGGAAGAGUUGCUUCGAAGACAUGUCCACGGCACUGCCACUGCUGCUACCAGCUCCUCUGCUCAGUUGUCCCGCCCACCAGUCACUAGUGGGAGGAAGAUAGUCUGGUCAGCUCUGCCCAAAUCUGAGUUUAUCGUUACGAGAAAAAAGAGCGAGCUAGUCAGUAAGAAAGCCACCAAGGCUCACGAAGCUGUCAUUAGGGAGAGAGAUGCAGUCUUCAAUGAGUUCUGCCGAGUGACUGAUGAUCUGUUGGAGGAGUUCAGAAUGAGAGAGGUCAAGGAAAGGUCACUGGAGGACAAGUGGUUUGAGAACUGGACUCAGUCAGUGCACAAAGUCAAACAACUCUAUUCCUCCUAGACUAGAAUUUUUAUCCUGCUUGUCAUGCAAAGUCACUCCCUGUUGAUUUUAGUACGUAUGCUAUGUGCUAUGGUUUAAGAAGGACAAUAAUAAUCCGUACUAUUGUAACGAUUUACAGUGGUAAA